UAUUUGAAUGAAAAUAGUAUUUAGUGAAGAGAGAAUCUCAGUGCGCGCUGCAAGUGUGAGAAUAUAAUUAUUUAAUAAACGUGACGAACACGUUGAGUGAGACUAGUCUGUACUUAGGAAAAUAUUUUUAAUUUAAAAAACAGCGAUGGGUAAGGACGAGAAAGAAGACUCCGGGUUCGGGUUCAAGGACAAGGCGAAGGCGGUGGAGACGCUGCGGCUGCUGGAACAGCACGACGCCAACUACCGGCGCCUCACCGUGCGCGGCCUGCUCGGCAGGGCCAAGCGGGUGCUCUCCAUGACGAAGGCAGAAGACAAAAUAAAGAACAUUAAAGAAGCGAUGGAGGUGUUCGAGCAGUGGCUGGCGGACCUCGACGCCAACAAGAAGACUGACAAGCCAGACAAGAAAGACACCAAGAAGGAGGAAAAGAAGAAGGAAGAGAAGAAGAAGGAGAAGGAAGAGAAGAGUGGUAGUGAUGAGAGCUCAUCAGCAUCAGACGUGGAGAUGGAAGACAAGAAGGCGAGCGAGAAGAAGGAGCUGCCGUCGGAGUCGGUGCCGGGGCUCGGGUUCAAGGACCGCGCCGCCGCCGAGGGCACGCUCAAGGAGCUGGAGGGCCGGGACCCUGACUACCAGAGACUGGCCGUCAAAGGACUGAUUGGACGCGCCAAGAGGGUGCUCACUUGCACCCGAGAUGAGACUAAGAUCUCCAACAUAAAGGAAGCGAUGGCCAUCUUCGAGAAGUUCCUGGACGACUUCGAGUCUCUACACCUCAGCAAGCAGAACAACCCGUACAUAUCACUUGGACACGUCAGAACUGCUGAGAAACUCGCCGGGGACACUGUCACUGAACUACAGAGAUCGUUCAUAGCGGCGUACAGCGGCGUGUCGGGCGAGUACAAGCGACUGCGCAGCGUGCGCGCGCAGGCCGGGGACUGCACCUGGGACGUCGUCAGGAACAGGGAGCUUCAGACGCUCAAGGAGAAGCACGCCGAGGCCAAGUUGUUCACAGACAAGGACGAGCCCACCGCGGAACACUUACAGAUGUUGCUGUGGGCGUACUCCCCCGAGCCCGCCAGGGUUAAGAAAUACCUCCCGGAGACCAAGGAGGACAGGGAGGACAGGAAACGGAGGAGUAGCGGACGGGAGGAAGAAUCCCCCUCCAAGCGGAGUAAACAAUAACUUGUGAUUGUUCAUGCAUUUAUUUUUAUUAUUCAAUAAAUAUUCGUUUACAUGCA